AUGUCGUCCCUGAGUGCGAUCAAUAACCCUGAGGACACGCUCGCCGAGCAGGAGAAACCUGUCAAUCUGAGAAGCGCCGCUGAGAAUGAGGAUCCUUUCAGUCAUGAUGGUGUCGGCGGGGUGAAGUACCGCACUUUGGCUUGGUGGCAAUGUGCAAUGAUCAUGGUCGCAGAGACAAUAUCCCUGGGCAUCCUGUCCCUACCCUCGGCCGUGGCGUCGCUUGGCCUGGUUGCAGCCGUUAUCCUCAUCCUUGGCCUCGGUGCUCUGGCAACUUACACGGGCUAUACCCUAGGACAGUUCAAACUCCGGUAUCCGCAUGUGCACAGUAUGGGUGAUGCCGGUGAGGUCCUGAUGGGUCGCAUCGGUCGCGAAGUGCUAGGGACUGCGCAGCUGUUGUUUUUGAUCUUUAUCAUGGGCAGUCACCUUCUGACCUUUACUGUGAUGAUGAAUACCUUGACUGAUCAUGGCGCCUGUUCUAUUGUGUUUGGUGUGAUCGGCUUGGCGGUGGCGUUCGUCUUCACCUUGCCGCGGACGCUGAAGAAGGUGUCUUGGUUUUCGAUUUCAUCUUUCAUCAGCAUCACUGCCGCAGUGUUGAUCACCAUGAUUGCGAUCGCGAUCCAAAAGCCAGGUGACGGCCGUGUUGAUGCUGUCGUUGACAAUUCAUUCUACAAGGCUUUCCUGGCUGUCACCAACAUUGUCUUCGCAUACGCCGGGCACGUGGCCUUCUUCGGAUUCAUCUCAGAAAUGCGCACGCCGACCGACUACCCCAAGACACUGUACAUGCUGCAGGGUAUUGAUACGUCAAUGUACACCAUCUCGGCGGUCGUCAUCUACCGCUAUGGUGGAAAGGACGUGGCAUCUCCGGCAUUGGGAUCGACCAGUCCACUGAUGUCCAAGAUUGCCUACGGCGUUGCUAUUCCGACAAUUGUGAUCGCUGGCGUGAUCAAUGGUCAUGUGGCGUGCAAAUACAUCUACGUCCGUCUGUUCCGGGGAACCGACCGCAUGCACCAACGCGGACUUGUCUCGAUUGGGACGUGGGUGAUGAUCGGGUUGGUGCUGUGGACGCUGGCGUGGAUUAUUUCUGAGGCGAUUCCUGUGUUCAACGAUUUGCUGAGUCUGAUCACGGCGCUCUUUGCCAGCUGGUUUACAUAUGGACUAAGUGGAAUCUUCUGGCUAUUCCUAAAUUGGGGCAGAUACUCCUCCUCGCGCCGCAAGAUCCUACUGACCGGUCUGAACCUGCUCGUGGUACUCGUAGGUGGCUGCCUAUGCGCCUUGGGCCUCUACGUCUCCGGAAAAUCAAUCCAUGAUCACCCCAAAAGCACCAGCUUCUCAUGCUCCAACAAUACUUGA